AUGACUCCAAACCCUAAGAGAGCACGCGUCCCUUUAAGCCACGAUGGUGCAUCAUCCGAGAAAUCGAGCACUACUGACGCCUUCAAGUUCCUUACCCGUGUGGUGAACGAUUCCCUAACUCGUGGAGACUCCUCUGAAGGAUCCUCCUCAGCCCUGUCCGAGUCCGAGUUGAGGAAAAUGGAACAACCUCUUAUGGGCAUUAUGUGUCUCCUUGGUGUCGAAGCCUUCGCUCCCUAUGGUAUGGUCCCUGGUUUGCAGCUUACAGCCCCUUCCGAUCGUAAACUGGCUCUCGAUACCAGUACUUGGCUCAAAGCCUGGGGUUUCGAGGGAGGUAAAUGGUCCCGUGGUCUUUGGACCCGCCUUCGCCAUCGUCUGUCCCUUGCUAAGCUUGCUGCUCCGUUGUGUAUAUGCCUGGUUAUUGCCGUCUUACCCGAGAAUCUCGCUUUGCAAGCGUUUGAAAUAUGUCUAGCUCACAGGCUCAAGUUGAGUCAGUGGUCUGAGAUUGUUAUCCCCGAGGAGGGAGCGCUCGAAGACGAAGCAGAGAUGGCAAAGAAGACCGGCUUAUGGCUCAGCGAGUGCUGUGAAGUCUACAAGGAACUCAAAGAGUUCCUUGAUAGUCAAUUCGAGCCCGAGGACAGUUCAGUGUUUCUUGAGCGAUGGGUUUCCCUACAACCUUUAGACUGCCCAUCUUGGACAUCCUUAUGUGCCAGUGAGAGAAAGCUCUAUGCCGAGCUUGAUGCUGUCCAUCUCGGGGCUUGCCCUUGGUCUUUGCGCCUGGAUAGACUCUGUUCCCAUGUGUCUCAGUAUCGACGCUUCAAGGAAGAUAUCGGUCUAAGAAGCUCGCUUCUAUCCGAGCUCAAAUCCGCUGAUGACAUCACCAAUUUCGAUGAUAUACUAGAUGAAUGGCGUAAAGACUAUCACCCCCUUACAUUGGAUCAAGUGUUAGGACCUCCUAUUGGCCGGAAGUCUGAGGAUUCGUCGUUCUUCAAGAACCCGUCAAAGACCCAAUCGUUUUCAAGCCAAGGACAACCGCAGGAGGCAAAAAAUGAGACCAAGCCAUGUCGUUACUUCAACCGUACCGGUAACUGCAAGCAUGGUGACAAAUGCAAGUAUUCCCAGUCCCAAAGAUGA